AAGUUUGCAGUUAGCUAUGGACGCGAAUCAAGGUGCGGGCCAGGGCAGCCCAGAAAGUCCGAAUCGUGCGGUGGAGUACCUGCUUGAACUCAACAACAUCAUCGAAAGCCAGCAGAAGCUUCUGGAAACACAGAGGCGGCGCAUUGAUGAGCUGGAGGUCCAGCUAGACCGCCUCAGCCAAGAGAACAAAGACCUGCGCUUGGACCGCCAGCCUGCUGCUCCGCCUCCACCCGCACCUCCUCCGGAGCCUCGUCUUCCUCCUCCUCCCCCGCCGCCGCCUCCCACUCACUUCUCCUCUGUUCCCACCAAGAACCACCACCACAACAAGCCUCCCACCUCCAUCCCACUCAAUGCCAGCCACAAUCACCAGCACCACCACUACAACAGCACCUCGGCGGUCCACAUUCCUGCCACGGGCCCCACCUCGCAGGUCCCUGCACCGGCUCCUCCCCCUCCGCCGCCUCCCAUUCCACCCCGGGAACAGCCUCGGGGGCACGGCCGUCUGAGUCGGGCGGCGUCUACCAGCACCGGAACCAACACUAACUUUGUGGAGAAGGAAAAGGAGCGCCUGGAGCGCCUGCACAGAAGCAACGCCGCCAACAACCACCACGCCCACACGCUGCACCACCACAAAGCUGUGGAAGGUGAGCCACGCUGUUCAGAGGCGCUCCCAUUUCCAGAUUCAUUGUUUGGCCACCCUUACGCCUCCAGCACCAGUACCUCCAGUGGGCCCCUGGAAGCCUCCCACGCACAGGACAGCUCGCCCGUGUCUUCGCCCAGCGCGUCGAGCUUGACGUGGGCUCAGCGGAGUCGCCAGCAGCCUGCCAGCCUGGCACUACGCAAGCAAGAGGAGGAGGAGAGCAAGCGCUGCAAGGGUUUUUCUGACAGCUAUGAGCUCUCCACGGACCUCCAAGACAAGAAGGUGGAGAUGCUGGAGAGGAAGUACGGUGGCCAGUUUGUGUCCAGGCGAGCGGCCAGGAUCAUUCAGACGGCGUUCAGGCAGUACCGCAUGAACAAGAACUUCCAAAGGCUCCGUAGCUCGGCCUCGGAGAAUCGGAUGACCCGGCGCAUCAUUUUGUCCAACAUGAGGAUGCAGUACUCCUUUGAUGAGCGUCAGCCGCAGGGUCAAGGGUAUUCAGGUCCGCAGGGGUCUGAGGGCACAGGCGACAUGGAUGACUCUUUCUCCAAGCAGGUCAAGUCUCUGGCAGACUCGAUGGACGACUCGCUCACCUGUCAAUCAGGUCGAGAGGACUCCCAAGAGGCAAGAAAAGAGGGAGAAGAGGAGGAGGGUGACGAGGAAGAAGAAGAGGAGGAAGACGAGGAGGAAGAAGAGGAGGAGGAGGAGGAAGACUACAGGGAAUGCUCCUGGGGUGGGACCUCCUCCUCCUCCUGCCGUGUGGUGGGCCAAGCCGGGCGGGGACCCUCCGGCGCCGCCAUGCAUGAGGACAGUACGGCCACUUCGUUCAGCGAUGUUACGCUCUACAUGGACGACGGCUGCCUCCCGUCCUCGCCAAUCUCCCGCCCACCCUCCUCGCCGCUGGCCUCCAGCUCCGAUACUGAGUACUGGGGCGGCGUGAGUGGGAGGGAGGACAGCCGAGAGACAGAGAGAGGUGGCAACGCCAGCCGGAGGAGCAGUACCCCUUGCACAGAGUGUCGGGGGGAGUACCGAGGGAGGCCUGCCGCAGGAGGACACUUGCCUGUCUUGACCAUAGAGCCGCCCAGCGACAGCUCAGUUGACAUGAGUGACAGGUCCGAGCGAGGCUCCAUCGGCCGUCUGGUCUACGAGCAGGAAGCGCCUGGAGUGGAACAAGGCGCAGGAGUAGAAAGUGGAGGCGGAGAUGGUGAGAGCGGAGAAGAACAACACGGAGGUGCUGGGGCAGGGAGUAGCGAGGCCGAAUCACCGCAGGGAACCAUCAAACACAAACCAAACGGCCGCUCAGUGGUGAUGGCGCAGGGACAGACUCGGAGUUCCGCCCCCGCCGCCGUGCCAAUGCCCUCGGCUCGCACCCUGCCGUCCCACAUGCUGCCUCACCCGCUCCAGCAUGCGCACCCUCACCCGUCCCCCAUUCCCCACAUGCCCACCGUGCUGCACCACCACCCGCAAUACAACCACAUGCCGUAUGUGCAUCACGGCGGGGCAGCGUAUGUGCCGCAUUUUGCCCAGCACCACUACCACCAUCUGCACCACCACCACCACCUCCCACAUUCUUACCCGGAGCCCCCUUCUUCGCCCCUGCCCUCGCCCGUUCCGCCGCUCUCCCCGAUACCACCGCCGCCACCGCUCACGCCCUCUCCGCUGUCAUCUUUGGCGGACGCCCAUCAGCAUUUGCACCACCAGCCGCACCUGCACCACCCACUUCAUCACCACUUGCUGUGCUCGGAUGGCGACAAUGAGAGCGUUAACUCCACCACCACCAACUCCAACGACGACACCACCGUCAACAACGGCAGCUCGGGCUCGUCGUCGCGUGACAGCCUGCGCGAGCCCACGCCGGCGGCACUCAGCAAGCAGACGUAUCAGCGCGAGAGCAGACACAGCUGGGACUCACCCGCCUUCAACAAUGACGUGGUCCAGCGGCGCCACUACCGCAUCGGACUUAACCUCUUCAACAAGAAGCCGGAGAAGGGAAUCCAGUAUCUGAUCGAGAGGGGCUUUGUGUCGGACACACCGGUAGGCAUCGCGAGGUUCGUCCUGGAAAGGAAAGGUCUGAGUCGCCAGAUGAUCGGCGAGUUCCUGGGCAGCAGGCAGCAGUUCAACAAGGACGUGCUCGAUUGUGUUCUGGACGAAAUGGACUUUUCGGGAAUGGACCUGGAUGAUGCUCUCAGGAAGUUUCAAGCUCAGAUCAAAGUUCAGGGUGAAGCACAACGGGUGGAGCGGCUGGUGGAGGCUUUCAGUCAGCGGUAUUGUGUGUGCAACCCGGUGCUGAUACGGCAGUUCCAAAAUCCAGACACCAUCUUUAUCCUGGCCUUCGCCAUUAUACUCCUCAACACUGACAUGUACAGCCCCAACGUGAAGCCUGAAAAGAAGAUGAAACUGGACGACUUCAUCAAGAACCUGCGAGGCGUGGACAACGGUCAGGAUAUUCCCAGAGACCUACUGGUGUCCAUCUACGGAAGGAUCCAGAAGUGGGAGCUGAGGACCAAUGAUGACCAUGUGUCUCAGGUGCAGGCGGUGGAGAGGAUGGUGGUCGGCAAGAAGCCCGUUCUGUCGCUGCCUCACCGCCGGCUGGUGUGCUGCUGCCAGCUGUUCGAGGUUCCCGACCCGAACCGAGCCCAGAGGAGCGGCGUCCACCAAAGAGAGGUCUUCCUGUUCAAUGACCUGCUGAUGGUAACCAAGAUCUUCCAAAAGAAGAAGGCCUCUGUGACGUACAGUUUCCGACAAUCAUUCCCUCUGGUGGACAUGCAGGUGCACACCUUCCAGAGCACUUAUUACCCUCACGGCAUCAGGUUGACAUCGGCCAACCCCGGGGGCGAGAGGAAAGUCCUGAUCGUGUUCACGGCACCAAGCCAACAGGACCGUGCUCGCUUCACCUCGGACCUGAGAGAGAGUGUGGCCGAGGUGCAGGACAUGGAGAAAUAUCGCGUGGAAUCCGAGCUUGAGAAGCAGAAAGGCGUGAUGCGUCCCGCUGCGCUGAUGGCGGGCAGACAGGGCGGCGGGGAUGCAGCGGCGGGGCCUGCGAAGAGUGAGGCGGUGAACGGCACCCUGGGUCGGCCUAGCCUGGACGACACGUACGCGUCAGUGGACGGACUCAAACGCACGGCACUCAGCUCUUCGCUCAGAGACCUGUCAGACAGCGGGAAGCGAGGUCGUCGGAACAGCGUGGGCUCAUUGGACAGCACAAUAGAAGGGUCCAUCAUCAGCAGCCCGCGACCACACCAGCAAUAUCACCCCGGGGGGAUUCUGGUCUACAGCCCCAUGAUGGCGCCCUCGUCUCCGACAGCCUACCGGCCACACCGCCCUACUCAGAGCCCCGGUCCAGGGGUGGGCGGUGGGCCGGGGCUCUGUCACAACCAGGGCGGCCCGAACACGUCCCCGCUCGUGAGCGGGGGCGGGGCUGCGACUGGCGCUGGGUUGGUGAUGGGGGUCGGGCCAGGCGCCGGGGGCCGGCUGGGGAACUUUUUUGGCAGCCGCAGAGGGAAAGUUCCUGGUCCCCUGACGAUGACAUCACCGACACCGCAGUGCCCCCCGAGUCCCCUGAUGAUACCCUCCCCGCCCCAUUACCCCGCCCCCGAGCCUCCCAUCGCCCACCCGCCCUCCCCUUCCCCAUGCCCCUCCCCAUCUGUCAACCUUGGCCAAUCGGACCUGGGAGGCGUUGGAGGGGGAGGAGGCACAGGAGGAGCACCGUCCAAGCUCCAGGCCUUGCACGCCCAAUAUUGCCACGGCAACAGUGGGGGCGGUGCGGUCAGCGGGCACCAGCCACAACAGACUCCCCCCCCACCUUACCACCACCAUCACCGAUACCACGUGCAAAGCGCCCCACAGCACCACCCCCUCAUGCACAGAGUGUCGGUCCCACGACGCCAGGUCCAGUCCGGCUGCGCCCCGUCUCACAUGCAGCAGCAUCAGCGGAUCCAGCAGGCCGCCGCCCAGCACCAGCGCUACAACGCAGCCUCAGGUUUCAUCACGCCUCCACCGCUUUCCCCACACUCGCCCCUCACCCCAACGACGCCUCACGGACUCUAUCGACCGGGCGGCGGAGGCAAACUCCCGCUCACGAUUUCACACUCGCAGCCCCACCCUCACGCUCACUCUCACAACCACGCCGUCCACUCCCCGCUAAGCCCCUCUCCCGCCAGCUCGCCCUCCACGCACUUCAUCUUCUCAACGCCACCACCCCAGACCCCAUCGGCACGCCUGGUCUCCCAGACGCUGCCGCAGCCCUACGCUCCCCAGUAUCCACCGCUCUCCUCCAUCCCGCCCCCACCUUCGCACUCCCCGUUGCCGCCCCCGUCUGCCGCGCCGCUCUCCCCGCACCCGGGGUCAAGCGGCGGGCCGGGGCCCAAGUCGAAACCGGUCAGUCGGAUCAGCACCGUCGUGUGAGGAAUUGGCGAGCCAGCACGCCGGCCCAUCUCGUCACUGGCCACCGGGCGGCAGUAUUCAGAUGGAGAAGGGGGAGGAGGGGAGGAGGGCAUGUGCAGAUGUAUCGAAAUGGCCGCUUGGUUAGACGGCGAGAAAUAAGAGGAGGCAAGAGGAAAUUACUGAGCCUGUGUUACUUUCACAUCAACUUUCCCUGCAGCUAGAGCCACCCGUCUUGGUACAUAUUGGUUGAGCCCUCGUUAGGUGGGCGCGGAGGCUGUUGUGAGGAGAGACAACAGUGCCUGAGGCACAUGAUGGCGACACGUUGCUAAGUGGGUUUUCACCUGACAAUUCCAAGGAAUGGCCAUUGUGGGGUAUUUUAGUUAGUUGGGUGCACUUAGAGCCAUGCAUGACUCAAGCAAUCGCUGCUGAGUGUAAAGAGGCGGAAGGACUUUUUUGUUGUUUUUUUUACCUCUGUGGUUGUAAAAUGUUGUUUUGGCUCACAGGGUUUCUUCACUCUCCUUGUUAUGGAUUGGAACAGUGAUUUAAUUUCUUUACUAUGAUACACAUGUUUUUGUGUGUAAAUAUCAAGACAGGAAGACAAACAUCAAGAUGACAAGUCGUGAUGGGAAAAUGAAGCUUUGUGAAGCACUUGUGACAUUUUUUACUCCUCUAUGGGGUACUCUUGGUUUGUGUGAUAAAUGGUAGUGCAAUGGAAGUUCAUAAAAUUUCCAACAUUAAACCAAGAGUGCCAUUUGUAGGAGUCACUAUUUAGUGCUUCAUGAAGCUUCAUUUGACCCAAUCAAGUCAAAUUUAUUUAUACAGCCUUCAUCACAAAACGUCUCAAAGGGCUUCACAGGCCCAAUAUUAACGGCAUCCCCUGAACUUAAAUCCCAGAAGGGCAAGAAAAAACGUUUUAAAAACAUCUGGGGAAAAAUGACAAAAUCUUGAGAAGGGGCCACAGAUAGGAGAAUUCCCCCUUCCAUGAUGGACAAACUUCAAGAUGAGAAGAAUUCUGACAAACAUUGCGCUAAACAUGAAACUAAACAUCAAGUGAAAACACAAAGACAACAUCGACUGAAACAUCAAGACAAG